AUGGAGACAUUCAAUGUAACUGGAAUGCACUAUUGUCCACUCAUCGAAGUGAUAAAGGAAGCAUUUAGCAGCCCACUGGCUAAGAAGUUUCACCUAUUCCCAUUCAAACAGUUUUUCCAGGCUAAUAGCACAGCUCCUGUUGAACGUGUAUUUGAUGAGGUUUAUACCUCUGACGCAUGGCUACAAGCUCAUGACAAUCUCCAGAAACAACCACCUGAACCAGGGUGUAAUCUUGAGAGAGUUAUUUUAGGCCUAACAUUCUGGUUGGACUCGACACACUUGGGAAGCUUUGGUACAGCCAAAGCCUGGCCAGUCUAUCUGUAUUUUGCCAAUCUUUCAAAGUACAUCUGUGCGUGCCCAAAUUCAGGUGCAUGCAAUCAUGUAGCUUAUAUUCCAUUGAAAGGCACUCAUCGUAAAAGCCAUUAUUCACCCCUUCUCACUCACUGUCGCCGAGAGCUUUUCCUUGCUGUGUGGCAAUCAUUCCUUGAUGAUGAGUUUUUACAUGCUUAUAAGCAUGGUAUAGUUCUCAAGUGUAGCAAUGGGGUUGUUCAUUGCAUAUACCCUUGUGUAUUCACUUACUCGGCAGAUUAUCCUGAGAAGGUCUUGAUAGCAACUACCCGGGAUAUGGGACAAUGUCCCUGCCCACGGUGUUUAGUGCUCAAGUCAGAAAUACCCAAAAUGGGACAAGUACGGGAUUUACAAGCACAAAUAACAAAAGCUCGAAGAUACACUGCAGACAAGAUUAAGACAGCUAGAGAGUUCAUAUACCGUCUUGGUUAUUCAGUCACAAGUUCAGCUGUGGAAGUUAACUCUUUUGCGGAUAGACUCAAUAACACAUCAAAUGUCUUCACAAUGCUUGUUGUUGACAUUAUGCAUGAGUUUGAACUAGGUGUAUGGAAAGCUGUCUUUACACACCUAAUCCAUAUACUGCAUGCUUCAGUAGGGGGCAGUUACACUGUAGCCAAACUGGAUGCUAGGUAUAUUCCGUCAAAUUUCUCCAUUUGGUCAAUCAACAAUUCGCUGCUUUUCUAA